GAGCGACGGCACCAGGGGAGACACGGAACAUCUUCUCAUCCUGUUCCAUCUUAUUUGUCUCCCCCACUGACUGCACUGACUGCUGUCCUGGUUCUUUUUUUCUCUUUUUUCUUCUUUCCAUUUUUCUUUUGUAAGUAUAGGUGGAUCCUUGAUUGGGCACACAGGAGAGAAGGAUGAAACCUUCCCUGGGGUUGAAUUUGCUGUUCCUUCUGAUCGAUUUGCAGACUCGAGACUGUGUCGCAUCCAAAGCAGAGGACCGGCUCUUCAAGAGGCUUUUUAGACGGUACAACCCGUUCAUCAGACCAGUGGAAAAUGUUUCUGAUCCUGUUACCGUGGAGUUUGAGGUCUCCAUCUCACAGCUUGUUAAAGUCGAUGAGGUGAAUCAAAUCAUGGAAACAAAUUUAUGGCUCCGACAUAUUUGGAACGAUUACAAAUUAAGAUGGACGCCAGCAGAGUUUGAUGGGAUUGAAUUCAUCCGAGUUCCAUCAAACAAGAUUUGGAGACCUGAUAUUGUUCUCUACAACAAUGCUGUGGGUGACUUCCUGGUGGAGGAUAAGACCAAAGCCUUGCUGAAGUAUGACGGUACGAUCACUUGGGUUCCUCCUGCCAUUUUUAAAUCCUCGUGCCCAAUGGAUAUCACCUACUUUCCUUUUGACUAUCAAAACUGCUCCAUGAAGUUUGGCUCCUGGACUUAUGACAAAGCCAAGAUUGACCUUGUACUCAUUGGGUCCAAGGUAAAUCUCAAAGACUUCUGGGAAAGCGGGGAAUGGGAAAUCAUUGACGCUCCAGGCUACAAACAUGACAUCAAGUACAAUUGCUGUGAGGAGAUCUACCCGGACAUCACGUACUCCUUCUACAUCCGCCGCCUGCCGCUGUUCUACACCAUCAACCUCAUCAUCCCCUGCCUCCUCAUCUCUUUCCUCACAGUGCUGGUUUUCUACCUCCCAUCUGACUGUGGAGAGAAGGUCACGCUCUGUAUCUCCGUCCUGCUCUCCCUCACUGUGUUCCUGCUCGUGAUCACAGAGACCAUCCCCUCAACGUCACUGGUCAUCCCCCUCAUCGGAGAGUACCUGCUCUUCACGAUGAUCUUCGUCACACUCAGCAUUGUCAUAACCGUGUUCGUGCUGAACGUGCACUACCGCACGCCCAUGACGCACACCAUGCCAUGCUGGGUGCGCUCCGUGUUCCUCAAAGUGCUGCCCAGGAUCAUGCUGAUGCGUAGGCCGACAGACGAGGAGGGUAAGGCCGGGUGGUUGGACGGCAGUGGGGAAGCAGGAGGAGGUGGAGGGGGAGGAGGAGGCGGAGGAGGGAAAGGACAGAGGAAGAGGAAGAACAGCUUGAUUAAGGUUGGAGGAAGUCCUCUCAACUGUCUGGAGGUCGGUGGCGACAGUACGCUCACCGCCAUGGAGGACUGCACUCUCAAGAAAUGUCCCUGCCCCUGCCAGCAUAUGAGGGAAACCCCAGAGACACCAGAGUCCGGAAAGGUGCCUCAUCAGCUGAGUCCACAGAACAUAAACACGGUGAUGGCCUUCUCCGUGGUGUCGCCCGAGAUCAGGCAGGCCAUCGAGAGCGUCAAGUACAUAGCUGAGAACAUGAGGAGCAGGAACAAGGCCAAGGAGGUAGAAGAUGACUGGAAGUAUGUUGCUAUGGUCAUUGACAGGAUCUUCCUCUGGGUCUUUGUGACGGUGUGCAUCCUGGGAACCUUGGGCCUCUUCAUCCAGCCCCUUUUUGGUUUCGUCUCGUAACCGUUGUAAAACUCAGGGUUCUCAGCCACAUUGUGACAACCAACACUAGGAGAACUGUGUUUCUCAGUCAACUCAUUACUGGAUGCAGUUCUUAAAGCAUCACUGGAUGUGCUGCCUUUCCUCAAUAAAAGCAUCGCAAAGUCAAGAGAAAAUCUUUUUUUAAUUUGUUGGUGUACUGCAAUAUGGUAGCGACAAUUGUAAUGUAGUUAUUACAAUAUGUAUAAUAUGUAUGUAUCUGAUGACUGCUUAUUUUUUACCAAAGUAGAUUAUCUUAAUUCUGGCUUACGUAAAAUAACAGGGUAGUGCACCAGCAGCACGACUUAGAAGUUGGGUUUUAUUGCAGGCCUCUGACACCAAUCGUGCAAAAUCGCAAUGAUCAGACCUUCGUCUUCUGUUUUAAAUGAGAUCAGAACAUAUACUUUUAAACAAAAUGAAUGAUUUUAAUAGAUGAUUACUCUGGUUUGGGUUGAAAUCAGCAGCACAUUCAAUGAUACUUAGAAGUUGAACAUCAUCCAGUAUUUUCCAGUGAAACUUUCAAAACAAGCACAUGACACAAACUCUCUCUAACCUGUCAAACUCAACCAUGCAUCCACCGUCCAAUGAGGUACACAACUGGAUAACUGUAACACAAGCAACUCAAGUGUCUAUUGUGAAAGGCAAUUCUAAUUAUUUGUGGGUUUGCAUAAUUUAUGCUCUCCUUUUACAUUUCAGGCAUUUCCUGCAGGCGUUUUUUUUUUUUUUUUUGUUUCUGGCUAUUUAUUUAUUUCCAGUAAUUACAAAAUAUGUCAUUACUGUUGCCAUGUCUGGUUAUUGUUUUAUAAGCUAAUUGAAUGGCUUUGUAAAUGCUCAGUGAAAUUAUGCUUGAUUAGUUUGUCUUAAAAUAGCAGCCCAUUUAUGAUUCCAUCAGAGGGCUCCUGAUGCCCAAUUCCAUGGCUAAUAUUUAAACACUUUUUUUUAUGACGCUCAGGAUUAGUCUUAUUACUGAACUCAAAAAUGUAUAAGAUGCAUGCAUGAGAAAAAUGACGAAUCCUUUCACCCCAGAGCUCGGUGAUACAGUGAGUUAAUGAUUACUGUAACUAAUAAUAACCCAUGAUUAUCUUUUCUCUAUGAGUGAAUAUGCUUGGAUUUGUACUUCAGGAUGUGUGUUUCCAGUUAACUCUGCAAAAAAGCACCAAAAGAGAAGAGAAAUUAAAAAGGCAAAAAGCAAUACAAUCAUUCACCUUUGAUAAGGUACUCACAGCCCAUUAUAGUAGGUCCAUCUUUUCAUUUGAUUACUAAAAUUAGCACAAAUAAUGCAACAGACAGAGACUCAAUGUGUUUGGGUUUCUAGAUGUGGUAAAGUUGGCUUGCUAAAAGAUCAGCGUCCAAAUGGCGAUAAAAGGGGAUGUUAAUUACUUUGAGGGUGACAACUAUCUCUUAAGUUUACACAGAAUAGUGUCGGAAAAAUAUCAAGUAGGCGCCAUUAACGUAGUAGAUGAACAUGAGAAAUUCAGAAACGAAUGUUCAGACUGGUUCGCAAUGACAGAAAGGUAAAGGUAGCUCUGACAUCGCCUUGCAGCUACUAACGAAUGAAAACUACAGUCUGAAAGGUCAACACAUUGAUCCUUGAUGCAGAUGGGCGCCAGCUAAAAAAAAAAGAAAAGGAGGCUAGAAUUCUCACAGGUUUACUGGAAUUGGACACAAUCGAUUGGAAAAGUGUUAGCUGGUCCACUGAGUCUUACUUUCAGUUUUCAAAAGAAGGUCCAACUUGGUCCUGGAGAGGUGUACCUAAUAAAAAGGCCAGUGAGUGUGGAGAAUUACCUGUAAGCACAAAAGUUUGUCAAACCAAGUUUUGAAAAAGAAAGAAGAAAAAAUGUUUUAUGUAAAAAAAAAAAAAAAAAAAAAAAAAAAAACAAUAAUCACUUAUUAGAGAUUUGCUGUUCUUUUUUUGUUCUUUUUACAUUUUUUAACAGGGAUGCAUUUUAUGUUUUUGAAAAUCCUACUGCCAAGUUCAUCAUCCAUAAUAAAUAUGCAAUUUUAUUAUGUAUACAUUUUUUCUUCUUAUUGCAGUACAUUUUCAGGAAUAUUCUGUGGAUAAAUACAUUUUCUGUACAUAAACAUGUAGGCACACUUAAUAACUAUAAUCGGAAGGAGUGCAUUGACAGCUUUAAGCCAUUUCAGAGCCGUCUGAUCUAUAAUUAAGACUCCAUGCAAAAGUUCUAAUAAAACCCUGGACAUUGU